AGAGGCAAACAACCCUCCCAUAUAACCGUUGCUUAGAGUCACAGAGUUAAAACGCCGCUGCUGCUCUCUACUCUGCACAACCAUGACUUUACUUUUACGACCAGAAUGAGAAGAAACAUCUGUAUAAGGAGGAGUAAUGUUCAGGCACUCUGAGGAGAAGAAAAGUGGGAUCCUGUGGCUAGAUGGUCACUUUAAAGCACCUGAGUGUGAAGGACCAUGACGAGGGCAGUGAUCCACAGCUUGCGGAAGCAGGAAGCGCUGAGACUGCCGGCACCAGACACAGGAGGGCAGAGUCCAGUGAAUUCUUCCUCAACCAGCAGAAAAACUUUGCUCUCAGCCUUGUCCUGCUUCUGAGCUGCUACUCAGCACUUCUUAUCCCUGCCUAUCUGCCUACUCAGCAAGCUACCAGGAAUGAGAGGACCACCCAGGAGUCUAUGGUUCUGCUGAACCGAUCUGCAGCCCUGCUGUCUCAGAAGUGCCGCAGUGGUUGGAGCACAGCUAAGCUCAAUGCAGUGCCUCAGUUCCGCAGCCUGCUGGAAAUCCCUGUGUUCCUGCAGAACAGAACAGGACACUGGGAGCUGGAGCCUCCACUGGGCCUGCAGGGCUGUGAGGAAAGCCUGGCCCAUUCUCUCAAAGCUCUACCAGACUCUGGACUACCUUCCUCUCCAAAGAACUGUAGGAGGUGUAUGGUGGUUGGGAGCGGCGGAGUUUUACAUGGCAAACAGCUCGGAGCCCAUAUUGAUAAACAUGACAUCAUCAUCAGGAUGAACAAUGCUCCAGUAUUUGGUUUUGAGAAAGAUGCCGGCUCAAGAACCACCAUUCGGCUGAUGUAUCCUGAAGGAGCCCCCUUCUCUAAGCGGGAAUACCAGAAGACAGAUAUAAUCGCUUUAGUCGCUUUUAAAAGCCUGGAUAUAAAGUGGCUAACCUCGGUUGUGACCAGAAAGCCAUUGAGCUGGUGGUCUAAACUGUGGUUCUGGAGGAAUGUAGUAAAUGAAAUUCCACUUCAGCCAGAAAACUUUCGCAUCCUCAACCCUGAAAUUUUGAAGAGGACAUGGCAUGUCCUCACUUGCACAAAACAACAAAGAAAGACGGUUCCUACCCUGGGGAUCAGUGCGGUGGUGCUGGCGCUGCAGCUGUGUGAUGAAGUGAGCCUUGCAGGUUUUGGUUAUGACCUUCAGCAGCCUGGAGCUUUACUGCACUACUAUGAGACGCUGCGCAUGGAUGCCAUGAUGACACAAGUAGUGCAUGAUGUCAGAGCAGAGAGCAGCUUACUGAAGGAGCUGGUUAAAGCCGGAGUUGUGAAUGACCUCACAGGUGCGCUAUGAUGAUCUCACACCUCUUUGGCAACAGACAGUUUCCUGCAGCCUUUCUGAAUCAGGACUAUUAUUAGAAACUAAGAGAACAUGGAAAAGAUGUGAGUUUCAACAGCAAGAUGCACAACACAAAAAUGCAAAUCACAUUUAUGGACACAAACGCUGAACGAAAUAGCAGCACUCCAUUUCUGGUCACCUUCAAAUGACCUAGGAGUCAUUUCGUAAUGAAGUUUCCGUGGUGUGUAUUGUUCGUUUAAAGCAGUAAAGCAGUAUUAUUAUAAUGCAUGCAGCAUUUAUAUUAUUAUGUUCAGUUAGCUAUUUCAAUAUGUUGUAUGUAAAUCUACCUAAUAAAUUUAAUACAACUCUCGGAAAA